CGGUUCCUUAAUUGCGCGGAACCUUCGUGCAGGAGCAAGAGUUCCGGGAGGGAACGGCGCUGUGCCGGACCAACUCCACGCUUUCGUGAAUGCAGAAGGAGUCUUCGAGGCAGCGGCUGUUCUGCGGGCCACAGGCGACCCAUUUCCCAGAAAGCUGUGAUUAAAAGGAACCAUGGUUGACCACGACACUUGCUGAGAUUUUGAACAUGGAGCAGAGCCCAAACAUGAAGCGACUGUAUGUUGGAGGACUUGGCCAUACAGUUUCAGAAGUUGAGCUGCAGGAGAGAUUUGGAAAGUUUGGAAAUGUUACAGAGACGGAAAUUCUGACCCGAAAAGAUGAACAAGGAAACCCUACAAAAACAUUUGCAUAUAUCAACAUCACGAUUUCAGAAAAAGAACUUAAAAAAUGUAUAUCUGUGCUAAAUAAGACAAAGUGGAAGGGAGGAACACUACAAAUAGAAAUAGCCAAAGAGAGUUUUUUGCACAGAUUAGCACGGGAGCGCCAAGAAGCAAAUGAAAAGAAAGAAAAGCCAUAUGAAAACUCCAUGGUAAAUGUGCUAGAAUCCAUGAAGAAAUCUGGAGUUGUAGAUUUCAGCGUGAAAGCAGUACCAGGAACAGAAGUACCAAACCAUAAGGACUGGGUUGUUAGCAAAUUUGGGAGAGUCUUGCCUAUCCUUCAUCUGAAAAAUCAACACAAAAAGAAAAUAAUCAAAUAUGACCCUUCCAAAUAUUGCCACAAUCUAAAAAAACUGGAUCAAGAUCACUGUGAAACAGUUCCUAUUUCUCAACUCACUUGGCAUUUGGAGGAAGGAGAUGAAAGCAUCAGUAAAAAACGGCAAGGACAGUUUCCUGUAAUUAAUAAACCACCUAAGAAGAAAAUGAGAGUACAGAAUAGUGACAGUUUAAAUAACACAUCAUUGAACUCAUCCUGUCAGUUUUCAUCAGAAGCAACAUCCACAGUUCCAACAAAACUAGUUGAGAACCACACAUCAAAUGUCAGAAAGCAAAGCAAAGAACAAACCAGGAGUCAAAAGCCUACAACUGGCUUGACACCUCAUUGGAAUACAAACAGUCUAUUUGAAAGCGAUGUUGAUUCUGAAGAAGAAAUCAGAGCCAUAAUAGCAAGAGAAAGGGAAAUACACAAUAUAAACACUGAUGUUGAACCCGAAGAUAACAUGGAAAUUGUCGGAGACAACUUUGAGUUGAAAUAUGCCACUCAUUGGUCUUUACAGAGAACAUGUGAUUCUAAGAAAACAUGCACUGAAACAAUGAAGACUGCUGAAAACAAAUCUGAUUAUGACUCUGAUGACACAGAUGAAAUUAUAGCAGUGAAUAAAAUGCCAAACAAAAAGGAGAAGAGUGGAACUCCAAAGACACCUAAGGUGGUGAAACAGGGAAAGGUUAAAGGACCUAAAGGUGGUAUAUUGAUAAAUAAUGCUACAGGUUCUGAAUCUUUUGGCUUAAAGACAUUAAUAUCGGAUAAGUCAAAAGUAGGGAAAAGAUCUGUGCCUGGAAAAAUGUCAGAUUCCAAGGCAGAUGCUGAAAAGAACAGCAUCUCCAGUCAAUGCACCUCAGAGGAUGAUGGCAGUUCUUUGCAUCUUGACACAAGUGGGUCUGAAGGGGAUGAUGAUUAUGAAACCAUGACUCAGAACUGUUAUCGACUAGAUCUUACAUUAGAAGAGUUAGGAAGAUUAGCUGCUGAACAUUCGGAGGGUACAGAGGAAGAUGCUGAAAGUAACCAAAGUGCCAAUCAAUGCAAAACCAACAUUUUUCAAAAUAAUAGCAUCAGAAGUGUUCCAAAGGCAUCCACUUCCUCUCCAAAACAGUGUAUUUGUCCUGAAGACAUUGUUUCCGCUUUAUUAGAAGAAGAGAAUUCGGAUGAAGAUAAUCGAAAAAAGAAAAAGGCCAGUGUGAAAGUUCAGCCUUUUAGGGGGAUAGGGUCACUAAGUGGGGAGCUGACAAAGGGCAAGUUAGAGAUACAUGAAAGCCAAGCUAGGAAAGCUUCUGGCCCUCAUGAUGUGGAAACUCUCCAAAGUAUUUCAAAAUCUUUGGGUAAAAAGCUAAAUGGCAAAUCGGUCUCUUUUAAAAAAACUGACUCUAAACAGAUAAACCAUCAGGUAAUCUCUGGGGUCAGUCCUGACAACAGCACAUCUAGUGCAGCCAACAGUGAGACAGAAAGUAGUGAUGAGACGUCUGCAUCUGAGAGUGAAGACUUAGGAAGCCUGAAAGCUGCUUCAGAGGAAAGAAUUAAAGUUGAUAGAAUUAAAGAUUCCUGUCUUGCACUGGAUAAGAACUUAAACAAAAGUGAAGAAAUAUUUCUAGACUCUACCAAAGGUACAAGCAAGCUGGGUGAAACAGAGAAACGUCUGCAGGAUAACGCAAAAAGAUUGACGGCGCUGCAGGAGAAGAAAAAGGAAUGGGAGAUGCAGAAGAAACUGAUUCAAGGAGCUCUAACCAAUCUGGAAAUCCAGUCAACAAAUAAAAAGAAACACAUAGUAUUUGAUUCAGAUAGUGAAAAUGAAGCAGACAUACAAGAAGACAGUAAAGAAGGAUCUUCAGGAAAUGCGGGGAAAGAAUUCACCACCAAGACCUCUGGAAAGUUGUUUGAGAGCAGUGAAGAUGAAUCAGAUGCAUCAGAUGAAGAUGGGGACAGGUUCGAAAUCAAACCUCAGUUUGAGGGUAAAGCUGGUGAGAAGCUUAUGCAUUUACAGUCACGGUUUGGCACAGAUGAGAGAUUUCGAAUGGAUGCUCGCUUUCUUGAAAGUGAUAGUGAGCAAGAAGAUGAAUCCAAGAUUGUGAAAGUAGAUGAAGAAGAAGGGCUUGCAGUAGAAAAAAAGAAGAAUCUUGAGAUCUUAAAAAAUCUUCUGCAUAUUGAUGUAGAAGCUCCCAAACCUAGCAAACUGACUUCAAAUGCCAAGAAAUUCAAAGAUAUGAAUGCCCUACGCUAUGACCCCACAAGGGAAGACCAUACAGUAUUUGAAAAAAAGCCAAAAACUCCUGAAAAAGAGAGUAAAGCAAAGAAGAAGAAGAAGAGAGAAGAAGCUCAGAAGCUACCUGAGGUGUCCAAAGAAAUAUUUUAUGAAGUUGCUGUUGAUCUGAAAGAAGUCUUUGGGUCUACAAAACAAGAAGAGAGGAAAGAAGAAAUAUCAUGGGACAAGCGUGAAGAUGUGGAGGAAACACCUCUGGCUGAUACAGAGACAUUCAAUUUCACUGCUGGAAACAAUGCACCUGAAGGAAGUAGUGGCUUCACGUUUUCCUUUUUUGGUGCUGAAGAAAACAGAUCACCUGUGAACAAAGAACCCUAUACAAUUGAAACAGUAAAGCCUACAAAGGUUGCCUGGCAAGAAGAUCCACGUUUUCAGGACAGCAGUUCAGAAGAUGAUGAACCAGAAAUAGUUCAAAAUGAUGAUGUUCAAGAGAGGCCUCCCACUCGACUUCAAUCAAACAUCAGAUUUUUCUUUUUCUCCCAAGAUGACGAUAGAUUAAAAGAAGGCCCCAAGCUCUUUUGUAAAUCUUUAGACCUCGAUGAAGACAGAGAUAAUUGGGAAAGCAGACGUCAAAUGUUACUCGAGGACUGUCGAAAGAAACAUAAAGAUGCAAGACGGAAAGUCAAAGUAAAACGGUGAAUAUGGUGAUUCUGCUAAGCAGUGGUGAUCCAAACUAUUGACAUGUUUGUAUCUAAUGGCAGACUAAGAAGAGGAGUUGGUGGAAGAUUUUGGCACUGAGAAUUCACAACUUUGAAAUAGUAGCUUUGUUUCCAUGUGUAUUGCAUAAUAUGGAUAUUUUUAUUGAAUAUUUUGAAAAUUACACAUUUCUGCCUUGAAGAAAAGACCUCUUUUUAUAUAGCUGCAAGUCAAUAAACACAUCCAGCAUAGCAUUUCAACAAGAUUCUUUCGAGUGGAUAUUUGCACUCUUUUUAUCACCCUGUUUUUUUAAAGAGUGAUGUAUUUAAGCCCUUUAUGGGCACGCACAUCUGGGAAAAGGAGAAAAUUCCUAGUAACACAUGUAUGGUUUUCAUACCAUCAUUUAUUGUGGGCGCCUCAUACCAUAAAUAAAAUUUAGUUAAACUGAUAGCUGUUUUUAGGACAAGAGCCAGAUGGCGAAGGAGUGUGCACAAUACAACCCAGAUAACGAUGCACUGUUAUAUAUUAAAUUAAUACAGAACAAGUGCCACUGCAGUAGUGAAGUAAAAAAGAGUGAAUUAUGUAUGUAAAUAAUUGUAUUUUAAUCUUGUGUUUAAUCUUGCCUUUAAUCUUGGUUUAUUGUUUUGUGGGGUUUUAUGUUUACAUUACAUUUAUGUUUUGUGUCUUGAUAAACUGGGUCCAAAUUACAAAGAACAAACAUUAUUUUUCUACUUCUGUGACUUCAAAGGAAGUAAGUUCUGCCAAACUCAGUGUGACUUCCUUGUGACAAACAUUUUUAGGACGGGGAUAUUUGCUUGUGAUCCAAAACCUCAUAAAUGUAAACUUUUCCCUUGACAUGAAUGGUAUCUGGGUCAAUUUUAUGCAAGUUUCUUGCAAGGCGGAUUGGAAACAAGGGAGCAUAACUUCUUCAUUCUCAUGAUGUGAUUAUUGAGAUGAUCAUUUUGACAAAGCAGAUUUAAUUUGUUUUUGUAAAAGAAAACUAACAUAUUUUUUCAAGCAAAAAAAUCCAAAAUAAAUAAAAAAUAUCAAAUUUGUACAUUUA